AUGGAGAGGCAAAUCAUAAACAAGAAGAAACGAGUAUUUUCUGUUGAACCAAACAAAAGCCAUAGUGCAGCUUUCACGAGAAAAUACAUAAGCCACUUAGUUCCUGCACUCAAGAAGCUCAACAUGAACAAGAAUUCUUCACAAAUCACCCAACAAACCGUGAAGCAUGAAGUAGACAUGGCUCUGGCUUUGUCUGCUCAAGAAUUUGCAUGGAGCCGUUUCUUGCUACAGAAGCUAUCGUCCUCUAAGAAUCCAACCACUACUACUAAUUCUUCUUCCAAGGGAACUCAGGUUCUAGAAAGACCCGAUAAAGAAGGCGGAGACGAAGAAGGAGAGAUAGAGGAGAAACUGAGGGAAUUGCAGAAGCUUUUGCCAGGUGGAGAGGAGAUGAAUGUGGAAGAAAUGUUGAGUGAGAUCGGUGACUACAUUAAAUGUCUUGAGUUGCAGACGAUUGCUCUCAAGUCGAUUGUUCAGGAUACUACUUGA